GACUCAUUUUUUUCAAUUUGUAUUUGUCAGUCGUCCGAAAAGUUUCUUGCGCAGCACAUUGAUCUUUUGGGAUUACCUUUGCCGAAAAAACGCUUCCAAGCGCAAUCAGUGAAGAUCACAUUGCGAUAUUCAUUUAACGGUAAAGGAACGAUUUUUGGGGAAUACAGUAAAUUCGUCCAGAAUAUUUCCAGUCACAACAUACAGAGUAUAGCGAAAUUGUGGAAAAGAGUGAAUCAACAGGGAGUGUCUCGCGCCUAAUUUUAGCAUUCACAAUUAACAGUUAAAUUAUUCCUAGUGAUCUUUGAGUUUUUCUGCUGAAAAAGUCCAAUUUGUUCGAUUAAAAACAUGAAGAAUCCACUGUGGUUUGUUGUUUGGCUCUUAAUCUUGAUCUUCAUAGCUUUUUUCGUGGCUGGUUUCUGUGCUGGAUGGUACAUCUUUGUCUAUCCACUCACAGUCUGUAUUCCAGCCCUGAGUUCCAUUUCAGAUUUACUCCUUCAAGGAGCUCAAUUCACCCAUUAUUGCGCCAAAGGAAUGAUGGAGUGUCGUUCACUGUUUGGCUAAAGGGGCUAAAGUAUUUUCAACUUUACUAUUCUUUUUACAAAUUCCAUCGCUUCUUGAUCGUCUGCAAUUGUCCCUUAUACAGUAGACUCUCGCAAAUUCGGCUCUUUUAAGAUCGGGCUACUUUUUAAUUCAGGCAGCGGUUACAUUUGAAAAAUUUUGUUGUCAUUUUUCAAGUUUGAUUAUGAUUAUCAAAUGAAUCAAAUAUGCUCAAAUUUAGCAUGGUUUGUCUUAGUUUUGAUGUGAUUUUGCAUUAUUGAGGGAUUUUCAUGCAAUUUACGAUAUAUAUCAGUGUGUAAACUCAAUAUCUUUAUGCACAUGUCGCCCGAAUUUCUGUCUAAUUCGGCUGACAUUUCGGUCCUAUAUGCCCGAAUUUGAGAGAGUCUACUGUAAUUUCAAUAUUGCUGCUUUAGAGUUAUAAGCCACAUCAAUUGGUAUCUCAUCUCUUUGUUGUGUUCUUGCAAAAAAAAAUCUAGAUUUCACGAUAAAAGGAUUGUAAAGCUAA